AUGGCUACAUCGGAUGGACUAGACGGCUGUCUGCAGCGAGGCAAAUCUCAAAGUGACCCGAACCUCCUCACCGAACCGGACCUCGACCUGGCACACGGCACAGUAGAGGUGCUGGACCAGCAGAGGGUGCUGAGGACGGGUUGCCUGGUGAGCAGUGUCCACACUCCACCCAUCCGGCGAAACAGCAAACUGGCCACGCUGGGGCGCAUCUUCAAGCCCUGGAAGUGGAGAAAAAAGAAAAACGAGAAGCUCAAGCAGAGUUCCACAGAUGUAGCAUUAAGUGGCCUUCUAUGCCACGACCCCAACUCUCCCACCCGGGGCUGCUGCUCGGAGGGUGCAGUCCUGCUCGGAGGAUUCGGGGGGUCUUUGAACUCAAGCCUCGCAGUCAGCAGCGUGGAAUACUUGGGUCCCGAGGAGGAGCACCCCCCAUCAGUAGCCGCCCCUCUCCAGGACUGUGAACGAGUGGAGGACAAUCUACCGCCGUCCGAGGACGAGGGAGACGAGAGUGUGCACCCUACUGGGGAUUUACCCGAGGGGCUGCAGGACGAGGAGGACCAGGUGGAAGACACCCCAGAGGAGGAGAUUCCUCUGGGAACCUCCCCACCACAAGUUCCUCCCAAACUGUUGCCUCAGCUGAGUGCUGGAGAUGAUUCAGGGCCUGCGUCGCUUCCCGCUCACCUGCCAAACUCCUACCUCCCCAAGGAGCCUCCCCCCAGGGCCACAGAAAGCAUGGCGUCGAUGACCCUGCCUCUACGAGGGUCAAUGGCCAACACCUCAGGGUCACCACAUCUAGGCAAUAUGAUCCAUCCUCCCAUGCCCCCUAGCUGCAUUAUGGAGGAACUGCAGAGAGCGUUCGCUUCCAAGAACAGGCAGGAAAUCGUCCAUCAAGGGUGUGAGCAGGCCUCACCCCCCCGGCUGUGGUGUUCUGACGGGCGGCUCUCUCGCUCCUGCAGCUCUGAGAACCAGCACAAGCUCUCGUUUGUGAGCGGCUACCUGGGCGGCGGAAGGUCCGACUGGCCCAGGAAGGAGGCGGAGGAGAACAAGGAGAACAUGCGGCUGGACCAGUGCUUCUCCAACACCUCGGGCCUCCCCAACGACCUGGAAGAAUGGAACGACUCCGUCAUCUCUGGCACACUUCCUCGCAGGCUGAGGAAGGAGCUGCUGUCUGUAAAGCUACGAAACCGUCCCAGCAAGCAGGAGUUAGAGGACCGGAACAUCUUUCCAGUGAGGAGCGACCAGGAGCGGCAGGAAAUUCGCCAGCAGAUUGAAAUGAAACUCGCCAAGAGGCUGAGCCAGAGACCGAAUGUGGAGGAGCUGGAGAGUCGGAAUAUCCUCAAACAGAGAAAUGACCAGACAGAGCAGGAGGAGAGGAGGGAGAUCAAACAGCGGCUCAACAGAAAGCUCAACCAGCGGCCCACGGUGGACGAGCUGCGAGACAGAAAGAUUCUGAUCCGCUUCAGCGACUAUGUGGAGGUGGCCAAAGCUCAGGACUACGACAGGAGAGCAGACAAGCCCUGGACCCGGCUCUCGGCAGCGGAUAAGGCGGCAAUCCGAAAAGAGCUGAACGAAUUCAAAAGCACAGAGAUGGAAGUGCACUCCUCGAGCAAACACCUGACGAGGUCAGUGUUCUAUGGUGCAUGUCUGUAUAAUGUGAACGUUCCACCGGCCAUGAAAGUGGGGAGUUUCUUCUGUGAAGAAAUGCUGAGCGUAGACAUUUUCCUGAGGCUGCUACAAGCUGCUCGGAGGCGGCAGCUCAAAGAGCCUGAAGCUUUUUUCGUCUUCAGCGUGUCUUUAAACAAUCUUCCAGCUCCCUCUGACGACCAUAUCAACCGCCUGAGAGCAUCGGUGUGGGAGAAGAGAUGA